AUGGCGGCGCUUCCACCUCUUCCUCUGCCCGAUGGCGUCUCGUCCAGACAGCUCGAUACGGCGCCUCGAGGGAUAUCAUUCCAUGUGCUCGAAGCAGGAUACUCGCCCGGCCAUGACAGGCCGCUUAUCCUGCUGCUACACGGCUUCCCGGAGCUGGCGUUCUCGUGGCGGAAAAUGAUGCCUCUGCUGGCGGCUGCUGGAUACUAUGUCGUUGCCCCGGAUCAGCGUGGCUUUGGACGCACGACCGGCUGGGAUACGCGAGACUUUGACAAUGUCGAUCUACGUGAUUUCGAAGUGACGAAUCUUGUCCGGGACAUGGUGGUGCUGGUGCAUGCGCUCGGAUACAAGAGCGUAGAGUGUGUCGUGGGACAUGACUUUGGUGCCGUCGUUGCUGGCUACUGUGCGCUUGCAAGACCGGAUUUCUUCAAGCGGGCAGCCUUCAUGAACCAUCCGUUUGUCGGGGCGCCGGAUCUCUCGAGCUCUCGCGGAGGUGGGGAGGAAGAUACGAUACACCGGGACCUGGCGGCGUUGAAUCGAAAACACUACAAGUGGUACUACUCUACACGGCAGGCGAGCUCGGACAUGAACAGACCGGCCCAGGGCCUGCAUGCCUUUCUACGAGGGUACUUUUACCUCAAAAGUGCUACAUGGCUGCUCAACAAGCCUGUCGAGCUCCAGGCAUGGACGGCCUCCGAGCUAGCAAAGAUGCCGGACUACUACGUCAUGCCGCUCUAUGCGUCCAUGCCGGAAGCCGUUGCGUUCAAUGUGGCUCUGGAGACUCCUCUGCCCGUACAGGAAUCGUGUGCCUGGCUGUCAGACGCGGAGCUGUCUGUUUACGUGGACGAAUUCUCACGUACGGGUUUUCAGGGCGGCUUGAACUGGUACCGUGUGGCCACCUCGUCGGCUCCAGACUUCAAGCGAGAUCUAGACCUGUUUGCUGGGAGAAAGAUUGACUGCCCGUGUCUGUAUAUCGGAGGAGCAAAGGACUGGGGAACGUACCAGGUUCCCGGAGCCAUAGAGAAGCUGGCCAACAGCGUCUGUGAUGACUUUUGCGAGGUAAUAGUCGACGAUGCAGGGCAUUGGCUGGCGCAGGAGAAACCUCAGGAGGUCGUCGAUGCUCUCGCGGCUUUUAUACAUUGGCAAUAG